ACAUGACGUCAGGAGCAGGCGCCGUUGCUUCUGGAGUCUCGAUGUGGACGCGGGAGCCAGCUUUUCCCCAGAGUAACCAUGAGCAAGCGGAACCAGGUGUCGUACGUGCGGCCAGCCGAGCCGGCGUUCCUGGCCCGCUUCAAAGAACGGGUCGGCUACAGGGAAGGGCCCACCGUAGAAACCAAGAGAAUCCAGCCCCAGCUCCCAGAUGAAGAUGGUGAUCACAGUGACAAAGAAGACGAACAGCCCCAAGUGGUGGUUUUAAAAAAGGGAGACCUGUCAGCUGAAGAAGCCAUGAAAAUUAAAGCAGAAAUAAAGGCCGCCAAAGCAGAUGAAGAACCAGCUUCAGCUGAUGGGAGAAUCAUGUAUCGAAAACCAGUCAAGCGUUCCUCCGAUGAAAAAUAUUCAGGUUUAACAGCCAGCUCAAAAAAGAAGAAGACAAAGGAAGAUGAGGCAGAUGAGCAGGACUCGGUUAAAAAGAACUCACAAAAGCAAAUCAAAAACAGCAGCCUCCUUUCUUUCGACAGUGAAGAUGAAAAUGAAUAAGUAUAGUCUUUAAGAGUAUAUGGGGUAUUUUUGAAAAUAAUAUUUUUUCAUAUUAUAAAGAUAAUACAAGUUCAUUAUAGAAAAUUUAGAAAAUACAGAAAAAAUUUAGUAAGAGAAAAACAUGUCCACCCAUCAAUACACCUUUGACUUGAAAUGCUGACUCUGUAGACUAUUAACAUGUUAUUUCCCGUGUGGGGCGUGUAUGUAUGUAAAUUACAUUUUUUUAAAGUACACUUCCCCUGCCCCUGCUAAGGGUAGUCAUGUGACAGCUCUGGCAAGUUACGAGAUACAAGUGGGUCAUCUACAAGUAAGGGUCUGAUACAAGUUAGGAUCUAACGUAUAACCUGGUGAUUGUAGUUGAUACCACUAAAAAGAGUGAGUACAAGUGAAAGUCUGCUUAAUAAAGCUACUGGGUUUUUUGAUGCAAAAGGACAGAUUUGGCAAUAUGAACCUUUGUCUUUCUCCCUUUAUCCUAUCCGGAGCAGAGACAUGAAACCUAGGAGUACCAGGCUCAUUUUUGGACAUAAGGAAGGCAGCCACAUGCUCGGGCUCCAGUGGAAAGACUCAAGGAGGUUGGAUCCUAAUGGCAUGCCUGGAGGAGCUACUGCACCAGCCUUGGACUGCCAAACUCAUGGGGUUCUUAUCUAAGUCUCUGUCAGGUUUCUGUUAUGUGCAGCCUAAGUAAGACCGUGGUCAAACGUGCUUGUACAGAAACCUCCAAGUGUAUUUCUGAUGAUUCUAGGAUGGAAGAAUGGAAGCAGAAUUACUGGGUCAAAGUAUUGAAGUCCUGUUUUUCUUCAAUCCUUAGAAAUAUUUUUUCCAGUUUCAUUGAGAAAUAAUAAACAUCACUGUAUAAGUUUAAGGUCUACAGCAUAAUGGCCUGAUUUACAUCUAUUGUGAAACAAAAGUAUUUAAAUAUUGUUAAAGCUUUUGAUGCUUAAAUUGCUUUCUAGAGAGGUUUUUACCAUUUUAUUAAUUUACCAUCUACAAGAGCUCACUGUACUUCAUCCAUAACCGUGUAGCAGCCAUGGGCUGGCACCAGCCAUUUCAUUUUUGUCAAUUCAAUAUAUUGAAAAAAUUUUCUUUUGUUAAAUUCAUUGGAGUGACAUUGGUUAUUUAAUAAGAUGAUUUAGGUUCAAAGUGUACAAUUAUGUCAUAUGUAUAUUGCAUAGUAUUAAAACUUUAAUAAAUUUAAUUGGUAUUUCUUUGAUUUAC